AAAUAAAAGCAAAAAAUACAGUGUCACUUCUCGUGAAAUUCCCCCCAAAAUUCAACUCUUUCUUCCAAUUUUUCAUCUCUUUCUUCAUUCAAUUUCACCCUUCUUUUCUCGUGAUCUCCAAAGUUAUUGUAAUAAUCUCUUCUGGGUUUCCAUUAUUUUCAAUUUUCUCUAUUUUAUACGCAAUUACAGUUCAAAGAACCUUACUUGUUUCCAAUUCAAUGGAGUUUUGACCUCUUGAUCAUCUUAUUUUUUUUUUCAGGUUUCUGCUUCUACCCACUCUCUCUGUAUCCCUUUUUGUGACACAGCUGCAUCUCUUUCCUCACUCAAUUUCGCCCCUCUUUCUCCUGUGCAAAGUUUUUUUGUAAUAAUCAUUUGUGGGUUUUCGUUAUUUUUCAUUUUUUUCCAACUUUAUCUUUGUGGGUUUUCAUUAUUUUUCAUUUUUUUCAACUUUAUCUUUGUGGGUUUUCGUGAUUUUUUUUUUUAAUCAACUUUUUCCUUGUACCCACUUCAAUUUUUUCUUUUUUAAUACGCUUAUACUGUUGAAAGAGCCUUACUUGUUUCCAUUUCAAUGGAGUUUUGAGCUCUUGAUCACUUUUUCAGGUUUCUGGUUCUACCACAUAUUAAUCUUUUCUCAUUCAGUUUUACCCCUCUUUCUCAUGUGUUCUCCAAAGUUUUUGUUAUAAUCACUUGUGGGUUUUUGUUAUUGUCAAAAAAGUUCAACUUUGUACUUGUACCCACUUCAACUUUCUCUCUUUUGUAUUCAUAUACAGUUGAAAGAGCCCUGCUUGUUUUCAUUUCAAUGGAGUUUUGAGCUCUCCCUUCAAUUCUGAUCAUUUUUUUCAGGUUGCUGCUUAUGGUGGAUAAUAACAAGUUUAGGCGUUGAAUGCUGGAAGCAAGAAGCAAGUACCCAGUAUGGUCGCUCUUGUUCAUCUUUGGAGUUGAACAUGAUUGCUCUCCAUUUUGGAGAGUUUCUGAUGUACUGUUUGAUUUGUGUUUUUCUUCCUCUUCAUAUUGCUUUGUUGGAAAUGGGUUAGAGAGUUACUGGCGGACGCAUUAAACUUUGUUUUUCUCAGUCUUAUAUAUAUAUUUUUAGGAAUAAUGGCUAGGUUGCCUGGUAGUAGUGAGAUUACAGAGUUACUAGAUGAUCCUGCAUCUAAAAUGAAUAAAGGUGCACAAAAACAUCAUAAUGUAAAGCAUAUAGAAAAGUAUUGUAUUGGAGAUGAUAUUAAUAAACUGUUUGAGGCGAUAGAGAGUAGGCAUUCCAGUAGGGGUGUCAAAGAUGUGACGAGUAAACGUGCGAUGAAGAGGCCAAUGAGAUCUAGCCCCUCUCGUGCGUCAGGCAUAGGAAUUUCUGAGCCUGUAAGUUUGAAGCAGGCCUUGAGAGGGUUAUGCAUCUCUCAGGCAUCAGAGCUGGCUGCUGUGAAGAAGCAAUUGCCAAAAGCGUCCAGGUUGUCUACAGUCUCAGAAACAGGAGCUGUGAAGAGACUGUACAGCGCUGUCAUAGUUGAGGCCAAUGAUCCUGAACAUCAUGAUGAUGGAGGUAUACAGAAUUUGGUGGAGAUAUCCCUCGUUCCGGAGAGGAGUAUGGUGGAUUCUUUGCGUAAGAGUCCUGAAUCUGAAAAUGUUCCAGUGCAAGAACAAUUCACUUAUGAAGAUGCAUUGAAACAUAAGGCAAGUGAAAUAGCAGCAGAAAGUGAUGCCCUUUAUCAGUCAACUGAUGGUUACGAGUACUUGAAAGAAGUGUCUGGCCAGAAAACGACAUUGGAGUUGCCACAUUCUUCAACUGGAAAUUGUACUGAUAAAGUGGAACUAGUACGAGAUCAGAUGGUGCCUUCUGUAAAUGAAGCUCCAGCAGCUGCAAUUGUAGCAGGCAGGGAGUACGAGCAAGAUUUAAAUUUUGUGUCUUGCUCCUCGUUUUUUGGUGCUGGAAAUAAAGUCAUUAAUCCUACCUCUAACAGUCCAAGUCUGAUAAAACCAGUUUUCAGAAGCAAAACCUUUUUUAAGAAGAAAGUUUUAUCUUCUUUCACCAGCCGUCCGAAGCAUUCUAAUGGUGGAACUGAUAGUGAUUUGUCUUGUAGCACUAGUGAGUUUCCUCAUCAGACACCUGAAUGUGCUCAGAGUAAUAAUCAGAAAGAAGAGGUAGAAGUUAGUUCAUCUUCUCUGAAGUCUGGUUUCGCCAAACUAGGUCUGAGCUCAAACAAUUGUAACAAAGCAAGAAGUAUACUAACACAAGCUGAUGAAAGAUCAAGGCCAAAGGAAAAGGGGCAGAUGUCUCAAAGUUCGAAGAGUAGUAUUGGGGAUUAUAGCAGCACCACGAGCCUUAGUGAUGAAAGCUAUCUCAGUGGGUCUAGUCGCAGUGGUUACCGGCCUCAUAUGUCAAAAGAUUUGAGAUGGGAAGCAAUUGUUUGUGUUCAAAAGCAGCAUGGAGAUAUUGGCUUUAGGCAUUUUAAACUGCUCAGAAAACUUGGAGGUGGGGAUAUUGGGAAUGUUUAUCUGUCUGAGCUAUUGGGCACAAAGUGUCUGUUUGCUGUGAAAGUCAUGGAUAACUACUUCCUGACCAGCAAGAGGAAGAUGACGAGAGCUCAGACUGAAAUAGAAAUUCUUCAAAUACUCGAUCAUCCGUUUCUCCCAACUCUCUUUGCUCAUUUUACCAAUGACAAAUACUCGUGCUUAGUGAUGGAAUAUUGUCCAGGUGGUGAUCUGCAUGUACUGCGACAAAAACAACCAAGCAAUAGUUUCUCUGAACAAGCUGCCAGAUUUUAUGUUGCUGAAGUUCUUCUUGCAUUGGAAUAUCUUCACUUGCUUGGAGUUGUCUACCGGGACUUAAAACCUGAGAAUGUGUUGGUCCGAGAAGACGGUCAUAUCAUGCUGUCUGAUUUUGAUUUAUCUCUUAGGUGUGCUGUUAAUCCUACCUUGGUGAAAUCAUCUUCUCCCAUCAUGGAGCUUCCAAAAAAGUCUAGUCCGUGCUCAGCUAGCUGCAUAGAUCCCUUCUGCCUACAUCCAUCGUGGCAAGUAUCUUGCUUUGGCCCCAGGUUUCUAUCCACAGAAGCAAAGACACGUAAAGUAAAGGCUGACCUAGCUGCACAAGUCUCACCUUUAACGCAACUUGUUGUGGAGCCAACCAACGCUCGAUCCAACUCAUUUGUAGGAACCCACGAGUAUCUAGCUCCGGAGAUUAUCAAAGGUGAAGGUCAUGGCAGUGCUGUAGAUUGGUGGACCUUUGGAAUCUUUCUGUACGAGCUUAUAUACGGAAGGACUCCUUUCAAAGGGCCAGGAAAUGAGGAUACACUAGCCAAUGUGGUUUCUCAAUGUCUCAAGUUUCCAGCUAGUCCUACAGUUAGCUCUCAUGCAAGAGACUUAAUCAGAAGGUUGCUGCAGAAGGAACCCGAGAAUAGGUUAGGAGCUAUGAGAGGGGCAGCAGAGAUAAAACAGCAUCCGUUCUUCGAGGGACUUAACUGGGCGUUAAUUCGAUGCUCAACACCUCCAGAAAUGCCUAGAUCCUAUGACUUGACAAAUGUUGCUGUCCCUGACGCCAACCGACUAAAGAAGGAACGCGACAAGUGUCAAAAUGAGUUGAAAAACAUAGGAGAGGAUAUUGAGUUUCACAUGUUUUAGAAUACACUAGAGUCUGCAGGUAUGAGAAGGACGGGUUUGAUUUUACAUUUUAACACAUUGUGUCUGAUCUAUGUAACUAAUAAUAGGCAGUAAUGUAACAUAUAUAUAGUGUACAUGUUCUACAAAGUGCAACACAUGAAGAGCAUAUAAUGUAAUCAUGUUUUCAUAAAAUUGUUGACUGUGCUAUCAUGUAUCAAAGAUAUAUAUUAUGAUGUCC